UAACUAAAUUGACACCGAACGGUGAGGUAGGCUCUUUUUCUGUUUUCAGUACUUAUUUAUCCUGAAAAUUACGCGAUUUUCGUGACGAUUCGUUGCAGAUUACACCACUUUGAUGCCUAUAAUUUAUUAAGGGCAGCGUAUAGCGGAGGGCUGUAUCGGCGCAGUGAUAACAACAGCGAUGGUAAUGGAGGCGUCCCCGUCCCCGCAGAGCGUCGGCCGCGAGUUUGUCCGCCAGUACUACACACUGCUCAACAAGGCGCCGGCACAUCUGCAUAGAUUCUACAACAACUACUCGUCGUUCGUGCACGGCGGCCUGGACGCGCCUAAUCGCGAGACGCUGCCAGUCGUCGGCCAGAAGCAGAUCCACAACCGCAUUCAGCAGCUCAACUUCCGCGACUGCCAUGCCAAGAUCAGCCAGGUGGACGCGCAGGCCACGCUGGGCAACGGCGUGGUGGUGCAGGUCACGGGCGAGCUGUCCAACGGCGGCGCGCCCAUGCGGCGCUUCACGCAGACCUUCGUGCUGGCCGCGCAGUCGCCCAAGAAGUACUACGUGCACAACGACAUCUUCCGCUACCAGGACAUAGUGUUCUCCGACGAGGAGGGCGAGGGCUCCGGGCGGUCGGAGGGCGAGGAGGAGGAGGGCGCGGCGACGGGCGGCUACUUCCCGCCCGCGCCCGCCUUCCCGCCCGCGCCCUUCCCCGCGCCGCCCGCGCCGCCGCACGCGCCGCUGCUGUCGCCGCCCGCGCCCCCCGCGCCCUCCGCGCCGCUCGCGCCCCCCGCGCCGCCCGCGCCGCACCUCAACGGCCACCCGCCGCCGCACGACGAGCCCCCUCGCCACCUCGUCGCCGCGCUGCAGGCGAACGCUAUACCGGGCGGGGCUCCGUCGGCGACGCCGACUGCAGUGAGCGCGGCGCCGGCGCCGGAGCGGGAGCUGGAGGCCGUGCCCGAGCCGCUGCCGCAGCCCGAGCCCGAGCGGGAGCCCUCGCCGCCGCCGCAACCUUCGACGCCGAAGACAUAUGCCAAUCUGCUGAAGUCGGGCGCGUCACGUGGCUCGCCGCCCGCUCCCGCCCCUGCGCCCGCGCCCGUUCCCGCUCCCGCUCCCGCGUCCGCACCCGCGCCGCACGAGCCGCGACCGCGGCCCCCACGCGUGGCGCAGCCGCAGCAGCCAGGCAACCCGUCGGAGAGCGGUCGGCGGUACUCGGACGCGCAGCAGCUGUUCCUUGGCAACCUGCCGCACUCGGCGACGGAGGAGGAGCUGCGAGCGCUGUUCGCGCGCUUCGGGACCGUGGCCGAGCUGCGCGUGCACAGCAAGCCGGCCGCUCCCGGCGCGCCCCGCCACCCCAACUACGGGUUCAUCACGUACGAGAGCGCGCAGGCCGCCGCCGAGUGCCUCAACGCCGCCCCGCUGUUCUUCCCGGCCGAGGGCGAGGGCGCCGGCGCCGGCGUCAAGCUCAACGUGGAGGAGAAGAAGACGCGCGCGCGCGAGGCGCCGCGCCGCCGCCCGCUGUCCUCGCACCGCGCCGCCUUCCAGCCGCGCCAGCCCUACCGCCGCUAGUGGCGCCGGCGGCUCGUCGUGUGACAAACCUCUACAAGUCUUAGAUGUAACUUCGCGUCUACUAAAUUCCAGUCGAGCACGAGUCGACUACCACGCUUCGCAUAUCGCUUCCUUUCGUUAAGUAGUUAGAUAGUAAAUUAAUUUCGUAAUCGAGGCCCCCUCGACAGCCGGCCCUUUCGCGCCCGGCGGGACUUUUUGUGAUAAAUCUAGAAUGAUCUUUUACUUCAUGUUCUGUUUUGUUUCUUACUUUACUUUCGUAGUGUUCAAUAGAAUUUUCCGAUCGAAGCGAUCGAUCGCUCGCUAUAGUCCUGUCCCGUAUCGCUCGCCCGUUCUGGUCCGCGCUGGUCCGUGCUGGUCCGCUGCGACGCCGAACGCAGUCUCCACUCAACAACAAAUUAUUAUAUGUUUGUAAUUAUUAAAAUAAGUUUAUGAUUAAGCAGUUAAUUUUUUUUGUUAAUAAUAACGAAUAUCCUGUAACUUAUCUUGCGUGUUGAUAAAGUCCGCGGUAUUGCAGCUGCAGGCGACGGUGUAUACGGCUGCAUAUCGACUCGUACCAGACUCGUGUAUUACGUUUUGUCCCACGUACAAAUUGAAGCGGUGACAUACUGGGUUGUGUCGUAGGAAUUCCAAAACAUUAUCAAGUUAUCCGAUUGCAGUACUUGUGUUAAACAAGAGAUAGGGGUGCUUUUUAUAUUCAGACACUUGAGUCAAUACGAAUUAACGUUGGUGUAUACCAAUGUUUGACAAAGAAUAAAUUGUUUAUUUAAAUAGAGCACGCAAGUUCCAUAGACGAGACGUUGGGACGGCCUCGCCGUUAAUCUCGUUCGCCGUUCGUACGAAACUUUUUGAAACAGCGGAAAAUGCUCGUAGUGUAAUAACUUUUAUGUUAAAUAUUUUUUUUAAAACAAUGUCGUUACAAAAGUUGGUAUUUAAUGUAACACCAGGAGUGUAUCCGCCGACUCGAAAGGUCAAUACGACUUGCUACCACCGUCCAUCACCGCACCUGCAUCGAGCGCUUGUCGUAAGUAAUACCGGCGCUCUACUUCUCGUUUGCUACAAAUCGGUAAUCGCGAUUUCAAAAGAAAGUAAUGCGAAAAAUGUCAACGUAUCAUUUCGCAGACGCAGAUCUCCUCGAAGUCGAUGGCGAUUUUAUAAUUUUUCUGAUCAUGGAAAUUUUGUGAUUUUUCAACUUUUUGUAUAUUUUAAUUGUAUACUAGGUUAUUAUCGGCUCGCCAUACUUUAGGGUUUACUGUUUUGUCACUGGUUGGCAAUAUUAUUGAAGCGGCUCGUCGGAGGAGACCGGCCACGUUACGUCACGUUCAUAGCAAUAACAAUCGUUACGUACUCCGCGCUCAGGAUCGCACUCGUCGGUCCGCAGUCGAACAUGUAAAAUGGUUUCAUGUUUCCAUUAUUGAUGUCCACUUGUAAUCGUUCCACAACAACAGUAACAAGUAAUAUACUUUAACCAAAAUUACAUAAUAAUGCAACAACCAUUUGUUUUAUUAACAGCAACUAUCGUGAUCCCCGACAACUCUUUGCAAGAACUGAUUAUUGUUAUAUUUACACUGCAUGCUUUGAAAAGUGUCUCAUCCGAGUCCUACUUGUCCCGUUUCACCAGGCAGACUAGAACUAGACGGCAGGCGCUGCCGUCGUUUACCGCAGGCUCGCUUUACUCAUGAAAAUAUUAUCGUUGUAAACUAUAAGAGUUUAAUAAAAAUGGCAAUAAAUAGAACGCACACGAUAUGUUUUUAAUAACAUUAUACUUUAACGAGUACAAUUAAAGACAAUUUGGUUGUAUUGGUUGAUCGAUUUGUAUAAUUAUGUGUAAACGUUAUACAAACGCGAUGCAGCACAGCUUGAGGUAUCGCUAUGAUUAUUUGUUUGUCUGUACUGGCGCGAUAACAAUGCGCGGAGGUCUCACGUGUACAUUAAGUAAUGUUAUGAUGUAGAAGCUAUUAAGGGUAAGGGCACACGAGCGGUACAAUUACUUCACCCAACAAGAGGACAAGCCGACGCGACGACGGUCAAAGCAUAUCCUGUAACUUGUUAACUAGUAGGCUAGUAGAGCAUCCGAUUAAAAAAAUUGCAUUUCUUUUAUAAAUCCAUCACCCGAAUAAUGAUGUUUAUAUUUAGCUUUGCUUGCGUCACAAACAUUGCUGCCGCUCAUGUGCCCCUACCGCAACUGUCGCCUCGGGCGCCUUCAGCUGCAUCUUCUAAAUUAAUUUAUCGACCAGCCUGAUUGGAACAUAAUUGUAUGCGUCCAUCUGCUCCAUUUUAUAGAUUCACUAGGCCGACGGGUUGGUCCGUAGUCGCCGCCCCCCGCCGUGCCUAGUGGCCUGCACCUUGUAACAGUAUUCCUUAUUCUCUGACUCAUAUCUAACGAGGUGGCAUUACUACAAAGUUACAUUUAUUAAAUACCUACUAUGACUGAAAUCAAAAUAUAACAAUUACGGUUUUUGUCUUUUAUAAAAUUUGUUAGUUUAUUAGCAGUCGGUGGAUAAAUAUAAUUGUAAAAUGUUUGUAUAUUAAAUAGUUGAUGUGCAGCUGUUGUAGUACUUACCUGUUCAAUUAAAAUAAACUCAAGUCAACUAGAUAACAUCUACCGUGUUCAAAUUUUCCAAUGUCAUUUUAGUAGCUCUUACAGAGAUUGGGGGGGGGGGGUUGCAAGCGGUAAGUUAUCCGCUCGGCGUCGCCGACUCGCAGACUCACCUUCGAAAUCAUAAACGCCAUGCCUUUGACAUCACUGCCAACACUACGUAUUUGUAUAUUCAAGAUCGUAUUCUGGAAAUACAUCAGACGUCAUCAUACUAUUAAAUAUUUAAAGUUAAUAAUUAAUUUUAAUGUAAUUUUAUAAUUAUUAUUGUCAGCUUUUUACAGAAAUACUUUUUGCAUACAUAAUAAUGCCGAUUGAAUUAUAUAAAGUCCACCGCAAACUUAAAUGCAAAAUGUAUUUCUGUAUAAAAGUAUAUAACGUGUACUUUAAAAUUAAUCUUAUUUUACAUAGAAAUACUAGGACUAGUUUGUGACGUGAAUGUAUCAGUGCUGAUCGACCGAAGAUUGUUUUCGCGCGACCAGAUCCUGAAUAUUUAUCGUCUCGACAUAGUGAGCAAAGUUUAGACCCCGAAAGCACGUACAGUGGAAAGUAAAGUCGCUUAAAAGUCUUGUUACCAAAUUAGUUAUUUGAUAUUUCUUCCUGUAAUUUUUCUGGGGUCUAGUUUUGUGCUGUAUAGUCUUUUCUUCUCGGUAAAAUUAUCAAACAGUGCACGUUUUCUUCAAAUCUCAUGCGCACGCGCAGGUAACGCGUGUGUGCGUAUCAUCUGUUCUGAAGAAGACGUACCGCCUUCUCUAAUAGAGACAUACUUUUUGUAACAA